AUGCACCGCCACCUCAGCACGGCGCGGGAAGGUAAUGGUGGAAACAAUGUGAUGACCAAAAUGUACUUCAUAAACCCUGUCGUCCGGGGUAAUGAAGUCAUCGCUGGCGACACGAGCUCCAUCCGGAUUCAGAAAUUCCACAGUGUAGAUCUGGUGCUUAGGGAUCUGCACGGGUACGGGUACUACUGGGGUACGGCACCUCCUGCAUCAGUAAUAGCGGACGCCAUACUUCCCGCGUGCAUGCUACAACCAGCACCACCACCAACACCGGCACCUAACGCACCUUCCCAAGUCCACCAACUCCACGUUCACAGCGCGCGCGCCCGAAACGCGUCAACAAGUGUUGACGCGAUGCAAACACACGCGGACAACACGCGAAGACGAAAGGACAAGAGAAUCGAGGAAGGGAGAAGGGAUGGUAUAGAGAUGAAGGAGGAAAGAGGAACUCGAGGAGACGAGACUUUGGGCACGCUGAAACAACAACAACGACGUCAUACGCGUCACGUCGCCAGCGCCUAUCUUUGUGCGCCCAGCACUCGCACCACCACAUCAGGAAAACAACUCAAAAUUGAUAUGACCAGUUAG